AAAGUUUGAUGCGAGCUUCCAACGCAAUCCCAAGGAAGAACUAGAAGAACCUGCGCAAUAUGUAGCUGCUUGAAUACUUCUAUUUUGAACUCCAUCAAUGGCAUCAGACACCCUCAGAUGGACUACCUGGCAAUGGUUAUUGCGUUUUGAAGGAUAUAACUAGCUAUUUGGGUAGAAGAAAGAAACCAUGGGGUAUUGACAAAAUCGAUUCCAUAAUACCCAUUGUAGAAUUAGCCUAACAUUUGCAUCCUUAAAACGACUUAAUCAGGCCUUGUUAGCUUCGACUAGCUAGUGUAGUGAAUCCUCGGCUUCAGUUUGAAAUCCUACCUUCUAUUGACUCUACUUGAGCCAUGAUGUUAGCUAACUUACUUGAGCGUCGCUAGCUAGUUGGCCUUCUUUCGCAAGACAGAAAACUAGCUAUUAGGUUUGUAAUUACCUUGGCGAUCAAUUUUAAAUGUUUGUCUACGACUAAAUUGUUCGCAUUUCAUGCAAUAAAGAAUAAAGUACUGUAAGCCUCUAACACUUGGUGUCAGGCCAAACAUCUAGGGCAAUGUCUUUGGUAGCGUAUGCUAGCAGUGAUGACAGUGAUUCUGACGAGACUUCUAGUUCCAUGGCCCCUACGAGUAAACCUGGGGGGCUUUUCGCACGGCUUCCAGCACCCAAAAGGUCUACAUCAGAAUCACCAGGAAACCUGGGACAAAGCAAAGGGUCAACACAAUUGUCAUUGAUCACUGUAUCAAGUGCUGGCGACGAGAAUUCAGAUACCCGUUCUCAAACUGCCAAGGGAGGGUUGCUUUUCGAUUUACCUAAACCGAAGAAGCGAACAGAGCCUGUGAAAAUCACGAUACCUGAGAUAAAGAAGAGGGAUUCUGACUCAGAUGAAGAUGAGCCGAGAAAAAAAAAAGCCCAGCUCAAGGGCCCUGGGGCAGGCCUUUCUUCCCUUCUGCCUCAGCCAAAAAACAUGGUUGUGAAAGAGAUGCAGAGGUCGCUUGUGCCCCACACCCUUACCAAGCGUAUGGAUCCAAAGAAACCCACAAAGCCCUCCUUAGGGGCUUCCCAGGGCCUCACCAGCUCCAGUGCGUCACCCUCUGCCAUCAAAGCAGCCGCCAAGUCGGCUGCCCUGCAGCUAGCCAGGCAGAUAGCUGCUGAGGAUGAAAGUGAUGAGGAAUUGACCCCGGAGAACUACUUUUCCCUGGGGGAGAGCUCCCAGCUUAUCCCCCCUAUAGUUCCUAGCCUGAACCCGGAUCCUGUCCCUACUUCUGGCCUGCUGCCUGCUCCUACAGGCAUGGUAUGUGGCGCCUUCCAGUCAGAUGCCCCUCUGGACUUCGGCGCAAACCAAGAGGGGGCUUGGGGAGGUCAACAGCUGGGAGCAUACCAGCAGCCCUCUGCAGAGUCUCAGGGUUAUUACAACGAGGCGUACUAUAAAGACCCAGAGUCUGACCCAGGCUUACCUGGGCCAGAGCAGCCUGGAUCCUCCGCCCUGUUUGAUGACGAAGCGUUCAUGAGGCUUCAGGGGAAGAGGAACAGGGGCAAGGAGGAGGUGAAAUUCCUGGAGAUUAAGGGAGAUGACCAGCUGAGUGGCAACCAGCAGUGGAUGACCAAGAGCAUGACCGAGGAGAAGCAGGAGCGAAAAUCCUUCAGCAAGAAAAAAGGUGACCAACCCACAGGUCAACAGCGACGUAAGCACCAGAUCACAUACCUUAUCCAUCAGGCAAAGGAGCGAGAGCUAGAGUUGAAGAACAACUGGGCAGAAAACAAGUUGACUCGCCGGCAAACACAGGCCAAAUAUGGCUUCUAAGAAUGCAAAUGGGUGGCUUUGUGGCAUGCAUAGCCCUCCCCCUGAAGAUUAGUACAGUCCAGAAGAUAACCUCACUGGGUAUACUAAACCCUUGCUGUGGGGGAGGGGUUACAAACCUCAUAGGUCCAUCCUUGGAGAUGCUAGCGUUGACUUUCCUUUUUGUCCCCCCAAUUGUUGGCCUCCCUGGACUUGUAUGGAUUUGUAACACUUCAAACAUUGCUCAUUUAGUUUUGGUGGACUCUUUUGUAUUAUGUCAGUUUCUGGCUGCAUAGGAACUGCAUCUGCACACAUUGUCAACUGGGAAAUGGCGAAUAAAUGCAAUUUUAUGCGGUGGUAUAUUUCACCACAUUACACAUUGGAACCAUUAAUCGUCUGACAAGAAAACCAUUUAUGUUGCGGUGUCCAUAUUUUCUUAAUCUUGUUUGUUUCCAGUUGUAGGGCAAUAACCUUAACUCCUGCCAAUCCAACUCACUGCUUUCCCUGGGGUUUUUAAAUGUUAGAAAACACAUCUGUAGAGACCCUUUGUGAAAUAUUGGAAAUGCUUUUGUUGGUAACAUGUUUACCUGAUAAGUUUGGAAUAUCUUUAGUGGAUUUUGGGGGAGAGUAGAGGUAGUGUUUAAAAAGGAGCCAAAAACUUAGUGGUCUGCAAAUAAAGUGUAUACCGUGACAGACUUUGAAUUUGAAUUCUAUUAAUGAACUUAAAAUGUUCCGCAUUUCACUGUCCUGUCUAGCCAACUAGGUUUUCAAACUGCUUGGAAGGCCUCAACAUUGUGAAGAUUAAGGAUUCACAUUUUGUUGUAGCUUAAUAUGGGACAGCAUCAAUUCUGGAUCUGUAAGUAUCAGAUACCAUAAGUGUAGGAUGUGCUUACCGCUAUAUUGCAUUUUUAAGCUACAGAGUGGGUUCACUGCUUACACAACCAAUCCUCUGAGAUCUUCAAUAGCAAUAAUGAAAGAAAAUAGAACUUGGAAGGCCUGUUUCUGCACAAGCAGAACAUUGAGGAGCUCGACAUGAUAAAAACCAGCACUGUCCACAAGGCAGGGACAAAGCAUGGUGCCACCAAAAGCAGCCCAUUGUAAAGCAGACAAUGUAAGCACUCCGAUUCAAAGUGUUUGUCAAACUCAUUAGGAUUGGGAGGCAUUUCCAUACUGUAUCCUAUCAAUGUAAGAUGCAGGGGAAAUACUUUUGUAUCCUAUACUUUGUGAUGUGUUUUGUGCUGUUAAAAUAAAAAUAAAUACAACUGUCA